AUGUCGAAGGGCGAUCGCAAGCGACUCAGCUCAGAAGCAGAUGACGCGCUGCCUCUGAAACGGGUCAAGAAGGAGGACAGCGACGACGCCACGGCCAUCUCAAACAAUCCGUACCUGGCACAUCUCAAACAAGAGAAUGAUUCUGCUAAUGACUAUGGCUUGGAGAAUCUGGUAGAAAACUCGGCGCUCCGAGGCUUCACGCGUCGACAAAGCACUGCAGAACAAGCUGCUGAAGCUGAGGACGGGGACCUCAAUCCCUUCACAGGGGAGCCUCAUUCCCAGCAAUACUUCAAGAUUCUGCAAACGAGAAGAAAUCUACCCGUCUCUAAGCAAAGACAGGAGUUCCUUGACAUGUACCACAGCACGCAAAUACUCGUCUUCGUCGGUGAGACGGGUUCCGGCAAGACGACACAAAUUCCUCAAUAUGUUGUCUAUGACGAGCUACCUCAAUUGAAUAAGAAGCUCAUCGCUUGUACCCAGCCUCGAAGAGUGGCUGCCAUGUCAGUGGCCCAGCGUGUCGCCGACGAACUCGAUGUCAAGCUCGGAGAGGAAGUCGGCUACAGCAUUAGAUUCGAGGAUAGAACGAGCCCCAAGACAGUGCUGAAGUACAUGACGGACGGUAUGCUUCUCAGAGAGGCGAUGCACGAUCAUAUGAUGUCGCGCUACAGCUGCAUCAUCCUCGAUGAGGCACACGAACGUACGCUUGCCACGGAUAUCUUGAUGGCUCUCCUCAAACAGCUGGCAAAUCGUAGACCCGAUCUCAAGAUCAUCGUCAUGUCGGCGACACUGGAUGCCCAGAAAUUUCAGAAGUACUUCCACGACGCACCACUGCUGGCCGUCCCUGGUCGAACACAUCCGGUACAGAUCUACUACACGCCCGAGGCAGAGAAAGACUACGUCGAAGGCGCCAUCAGGACGGUGUUACAGAUUCAUGCAACCGAAGACGAAGGAGACAUCCUUCUCUUCUUGACUGGCGAGGAAGAGAUCGAAGAUACUUGUAGAAAGAUAUCGCUCGAGGUAGAUGAGAUGAUCCGAGAAGCUGAUUGUGGCCCGAUGAGGGUCUAUCCCCUAUACGGCACACUACCUCCUCAUCAACAGCAGAGAAUAUUUGAUCCUGCCCCAGGGCCCUUGAAGAAAGGCGGCAAACCGGGUCGAAAAUGCAUCGUCUCGACCAAUAUUGCCGAGACAAGUCUGACAAUUGACGGGAUCGUCUACGUGGUCGAUCCUGGCUUCUCCAAGCAGAAGAUCUACAAUCCCCGGAUCAGGGUCGAGUCUCUGCUGGUGUCGGCAAUCUCAAAAGCCUCCGCACAACAACGCGCUGGACGUGCUGGGCGUACUAAGCCUGGGAAGUGUUUCAGACUCUACACUGAAGAAGCCUUCAAGAAGGAGUUGAUCGAGCAAACGUAUCCCGAAAUUCUCCGCUCUAACCUGGCCAACACCGUCCUCGAGUUGAAGAAGCUCGGUGUAGAAGACUUGGUGCAUUUUGAUCUGAUGGAUCCACCUGCCCCCGAGACGAUGAUGCGAGCACUGGAAGAGCUCAAUUAUCUUGCCUGUCUUGAUGAUGAAGGCGAGCUCACGAAGCUUGGAGAACUUGCAUCGGAAUUCCCUCUGGAUCCUUCUAUGGCGGUCAUGCUCAUUUCAAGUCCUGAGUUCUACUGCUCGAACGAGAUGCUGUCCAUCACAGCUUUGCUUUCCGUGCCACAAGUCUUUGUUCGGCCAGCGAACAAAAGACGAGAGGCUGACGAGAUGAAGGCGAUGUUCAAGCAUCCCGAGGGUGAUCACUUGACCAUGCUCAACGUCUACCAUGCCUUCAAGGGUAUCCAAAGCCGAGAUGGAGAUGCAAAGAAAUGGUGUCAUGAACACUAUCUAUCGUUCCGUCAUCUGUCCAGUGCGGACAAUGUUCGGACCCAGCUCAAGAGAAUCAUGGAGACUCGGGGCCUUGAACUCGUCAGCACCCCCUUCGAGGACAAGGAAUACUAUUCGAACAUCCGCCGCGCCUUGGUGGCCGGCUUUUUCAUGCAGGUAGCGAAGAAGGAUGGAAAUGGGAAGAUCUAUCGAACCAUGAAGGACAACAACCAAGCAGUGAUGCUUCAUCCCAGCACCGUCCUCACAACUGACUACGACUGGGUCAUUUACAACGAGUUUGUCCUUACCACGAAGCAGUACAUCCGAACGGUCACUGGGAUCAGACCAGAGUGGCUCCUGGAAAUUGCACCGGUCUACUACGACGCUGCCUCAUGGGAAGGACAACCGGAGGUCAAGCGAGCUCUCAAGGCUGCAGCUGAAAGGCUGAAGCGGCGGCAAGCCAUGAGAGUUAGCCGCUAG